AUGCAACCACUCGUGCUUCCUCCACCGAGCCUCACUACCGCCCAGUUUGGACAGCCCCGGUUCAACUCGGGCCCAGAGGGGUUUCCGUUGAAUCGACCUUGGUCGACCAAUGCUCGAGGCUGUAGCCCCCGGGCUGCUCUCCCUCGUCAACCUAUGUCUGGCUCGUCUCGUGAAGAGCCCGUGGUGACAUCUGAAGAGUCUCGGUCUCGAUACCCACCGGCUUCCUCACCGGUGACAUCAACUUUGGGAGAAACCCUCACUACUGGCCCAUCUCAGCUACCCCCAGCGGCUCAUGAUCCUUUUCCAGCAUCGAUUCGGUCACGAUAUGGAGACCAGCCAUCUGUCUUUACUGGCUCCCCACGACUUCCACCAGGGGUGGUGGCACCUCCGUAUCCAUUAUCAGCCUUGGAAACGUCCCUUCCUGGGCCGCCAAAUCGUUCUUUAGCACCAAAGUCCACACGACGGACAAAGGCACAUGUGGCAUCAGCGUGUGUGAACUGUAAGAAGAAACAUCUGGGCUGUGACCCAGCACGUCCUUGUCGAAGAUGUGUUCUUGCGGGCAAGGCUCCUAAGGCUUCCUGUGUGGAUGUUACUCACAAGAAACGGGGAAGACCCCCACUCAAAGCAGAAGACUCUUCUAUUCGCCCAUAUACGACACCUGCGGAUCAUCCAGCGAUUCCGGCCGAGUCCCAAUCAGUCCCAGCACACCGAAGCACAUUGCACCGACCAACAUCUUCCAGGGAACUUAGACCGAUGACCGAUCUACACGCCACAGACUCUCCCGGUGCCACGGCCGGAAUGAGAGCCCCAAGUGGUCAACAGCAGCGCUGGUCGGCAUCUGUCUUUCCACUUACUCGGCCGAUGGACCCAGCGGCUACAAUCAUUCAUCAAGGUGUUCGCAGGCCAUUCUCUUCAUCUGGUGCGCCGUCAGAUCCAUCAUUAGUACACCCUGCAUUCAUUCCGAUGACUUGUGUGUUCAAUCCAGUGAUUCAAACCGCAACUAUACCUCCGGGCUUGGACAGACGCUAUCAACCAUACGGCCCGGCGCUACCUCCAACGACAUCUCCUCAACAACACCAUCACCCAGGAGUACCCUUUUACGCCGUAUCCCCCAGCUCCCUUCACCAUACGAUACCGGAUUCCAGAAUCCCACCAGGACCUCGCGAGCCGUACCUAGAAUCUCCUGUCCGACUACCUCCGAUUCACCAGGCUACUGCAAGCCCCGGUCCAACGCCAGGACGCCCAGGACCCCCACCAGGGAUGCCUCAUCACGCACACAGACUCAGUGAUCCCUACCCCGGACUCUGGAGUACCGGCCGAGAAGAGAGUCGAAUGGAUCCACGAGGCCCACCGGCACAAAGACCCAUGGGCUCCAUGUUUGCCCACUCGCCCCACCAUGGCCACCAACGCUCCUCCUCAUCCACUACAGGACCCCGAGAUCCCAUCCCACGGCACCUCGGUCCAAUUGACCUCUCAAGCCCUGUUCAAAUGGCCCAUUCCCCGCUCCUUGGAGUCCGGACCGCCCCAUCGACGACAGAAUCCGACCCCGACCCUGAACAACGACCAGUCAAACGCCGUAAAAUGGCCCUAGACGACAUGGUCAACGGUUAA